AUGAAUCCGAAAAAGCAAAAGCCUCUGUACAGGAGAAAGAAGUUCUCUCCCGAGAUGGAGACCGCUGACUGCUCGACGAUCAUUCAUCUGAAUGGCGUGAACGAAAUAUCCUCCGACUACGCUGAUAUCAAAGAGUACGAUCAGCCAGAGGUUUCCCCCUAUACAACAUCAACCGUCACUCUGCUUAUUGGUAUCGAAACAACGGAGUACACGAUUCCAGAAUACUUUAUCAGAGAAACACCCAUAUGGGACGAAGAUCCGGGGCCUUUUCGUCACCACUCCGGCCAGAAGUCUAUCAGGCUGCCCCUCGUGGAUGAGGACGUGGGCCACACGCUUGUGCAUUACCUAUACACCGGCGAGUACCAGACACUCAAGAAGGGAAUCGAGUGGGACCCGAUAACUGAAUACAAACGGAGCGUCCUCGCUUACUAUGCUGCACGGAGAUAUGGAUUAGAGGGUCUGGAGGCACUCGCGAAAAAAUGUAUGGAGAAGCUCGGGUCUUCCACGUCGGUGUCGAUAUUUACGGUUUUGAAGACUGCACGGAGCAUCUAUUCGAAGCUUCCGGGGGACAAGCAAUGGUUUUCCGAAUAUAUCAAGAGUAAAAUGGAGAUGGCCUUUCAAGCGGACGAGAACCUGUUUCGCCAAGACCAAUUUUUGGAAAAGAUCGGGACUAGCUCUUCAUUUGAUAAGUUUCUGAUGCAAAGUGUGGUGGAUAUAUAUUUUAAAAGGGUCUUCGCGUUGGAGACAUAUAUUGAGAAUGCCCUGGUGAUCCAUAGUGAGAGAAAUGAUAGCGAAUGCUGCCAUGGAGAAGGGCUUGCUGCCGAAGACCCAGCUAUUAUUGAAGAAGAAAUUAACAAAGAAGGCUCCAUCGACGAAGGGCCUGAUAACAAACAUUUCGACCAGCCGGAGGACGAACCACCACCAAUCGAUGGUGACGAAGGUGAAGCAUCAUAUCAGGAUGACGGCGCGAAAGAACCCGAUGAGCACAUUGGAAUCGCCGAAACGAAUCAAUAUUAUGAGCCCGUCAACUCCUGGUUCCCCCCUCCAAGUAUAAAGAAGAAGAGCAAAAGAGGCAAUCUUCUCAAUGCCUCAGUUGAAGCACUCAUAUCCACGCCUCCGCCAGUGGAACCUGAGUUCUCCAAAGACGAGCCGAUCCCUGAGCACUUUGGCAGUACAGGCGGCUGGGACAACUGGAGCACCUGGUCACCACAAAAAACUACCAAAAAGAAAAAGAAAAAAAGCGGAUUUGCUGAACUUCCACCUACGGCAAAUCUGCCCGAACCUGAACCGUGCACGAAAUCCAUUGAUGUGGUAGCCUGA